AGUUCUCGACGAUAAAUGCUGUUCAGUCCCUUGAAACAUUCAGUUACUUGCACGAUUCCUUGCGAUAGUAUGCCAUUGUAUGGUUAGUGGAUGCGAUUCGCACCAAUGGAAGAACAAUGAGGAUCUGAUCGCUGGGACCAGAAUAAAUUGCUUUUGAAUAUCUGACCAUGGACUGUUAACUGUAGAUGAGUAAUUGAUUGACAGCAACUGUGCCAAAGUGAGUUACCAUGAGUACUACUAAUGGUGACAUUGAUUCAGAGGAACAGGAGUCCCCUUUAAACCCAUUAUGCUUUGAGUGUGGUCAACAGCACUGGACAAGGGAGAACCAUCUGUACAACUACCAGCAUGAAAUGGAUGAUGACCUCGUCUGCCACAUUUGUCUCCAGCCUCUGUUGCAGCCACUAGAUACUCCCUGUGGACAUACAUUUUGUCAUAAGUGCCUCCGUAACUUUUUGCGAGAGAAGAAUUUCUGCCCAUUGGACCGCAAAAGGCUUCACUUUAAACUGUGUAAAAGGUCCAGCAUUCUUGUUCACAAACUUUUAGACAAACUGUUGGUGUCCUGUCCUUUUGAAAGUAAUUGUCAAGAAGUGAUGCAGCGCUGUGAUUUGGAAGCACACCUUAAACACAGGUGUUUUGGGGCAUCAAACCACAGAGCUGAUUUAGAGAUGCGUAAAUCAUGUGGAUUACAAAAUGAGACCAGAAGUGACAGCAGGUCCACUGUGACAGGGCAACCAAUGCAUGCACUAUCAGAUACAGAACAAUUGCAGAUUGAAGCAGCAACUGGGGGAUACAGUGUUGCUUCAGCAACACCUGUCUGUGUAGAUGAACAUGGCCUAGACAACCCUGCCUUUGAAGGAAGCAUGGAGGAAAACAAUAUUCAAUCCAUGGAUUUUCAUCCAAUGCGCCCUAAAAGGCAACUGAAAAAUUCAAAUAUUCAUCUUCACCGAGCAAACAGCACUGCAAGCUGGGAUCUUCGAGCUGAACUCCAGAGUCCAACUAGAGAGGAAGCACUACCAAAGCAACCAGGUCUGCCUGAAGGAGAGAUUACCAGUAUUGAAAUCCACAGGGCCAAUCCCUUUAUGGAACUAGGCCUGAGCAUUGUAGGUGGAAAUGAAACUCCUUUGAUAAAUAUUGUAAUUCAGGAAGUUUACCGGGAUGGUAUUGUUGCAAAAGAUGGAAGGCUGCUUUCUGGUGAUCAAAUAUUGCAGGUGAAUGGUGUUGAUAUCAGCAAUGUACCUCACAACUAUGCUAGAUCUGUGUUUUCACAACCCUGCUUUGCUCUACAUCUCACUGUUCUAAGGGAGAGACGCUUUGGUGGUCGAACAAAUGUCCACCUUGAUAGUAGCUGUAUACGAGAAGAUGGAUUUCAUGUGACUUUGCUUAAAAGGGACACUAGUGAACAACUUGGCAUUAAAUUGGUUCGUAGAACAGAUGAAGCAGGUAUCUUUAUACUGGACCUUCUGGAAGGUGGUUUGGCUGCUCAGGAUGGAAGACUGUGCAGCAAUGAUCGGGUGCUUGCAAUAAAUGGACAUGACCUGAAGCAUGGAACACCCGAACUUGCCGCACAAAUUAUACAGGCCAGUGGUGAGAUGGUUCAUUUCAUAAUCUGUAGAACAGCAAAGGAGCAGCUCCCAAAUGUUAUUCAAGAAUUGGGAUCUCAUACAACUAAUCAGCAUUUAUCCCAACAAACACAGCUCCUGUUCCACAGCAGACCCAGUACUCAAAAGGAUCUAUCCCAAUGUGUUACUUGUCAAGAAAAGCAGAUCAAUGUACAGAAAAAAACUCACGAAUCUUUAGGGAUGACUGUGGCAGGAGGACGGGGCAGCAAAAAUGGUGAAUUGCCAAUAUUUGUCACCAGUGUACAGCCACAUGGCUGUCUCUACAGAGAAGGGAGGAUCAAACGUGGGGAUGUACUACUGAGCAUCAAUGGUAUUGAUCUGACCUGUCUGAGUCACAGUGAAGCAGUGGCCACACUGAAAACUAGUGCUACUUCACCAGUUGUUAUACUAAAGGCAUUGGAAGUACAAACAAUAGAAGAGCAGGGUCAAGCAGCAGAUGAGCAACUGAGCACAAACAAUGAGAAUGAAUAUGAUACCACUUGGUCACCAUCGUGGGUCAUGUGGUUAGGAUUGCCAAGCUCCCUUCAGAGCAGUCAUGAUAUUGUCCUACUGAGGAGUAACUCAGGAAGCUGGGGCUUUAGUAUUGUUGGUGGUUAUGAAGAAAAUCACUGUAAUCAGCCCUUUUUUAUUAAAACAAUUGUAUUUGGGACACCAGCUUAUUAUGAUGGAAGACUGAGGUGUGGUGAUAUGAUUGUAGCAGUGAAUGGGCUCUCAACAGCAGGCAUGAGCCAUUCUGCUCUCGUUCCAAUGUUGAAAGAGCAACGAAACAAAGUUACACUAACUGUCAUAUCAUGGCCUGGAAGCCUUAUUUAAAUUCAAGCCAAACGAUUAAGAAUGAUGUAUUGUGCAAGAAUAUUGGAUUCAAAUAAUAAAGGAUUCACUGAGUAUUUUUAUCAAUCAGUGACUAGCAGGAUAUAAAACUAUAAUGUACUCUUUUGUAAAAUUUUAAAAUAUUUGCAUUUGCAGCUCAAUCGUGUGAUCCACGUCUAUUCGACAGUUUUAAAAUCAAUAACCCGUAUUCCCGAUUAGUAAAGGUAAGCUAAUUCAAGGUUAUCAGAAAUUAUGUAAUCAGACAUCAUCAUUACCCACAGAUCUAAAAGCCUUACCAGCGGAUAAAUUUCAGACAGCCACAGCCAGUCCCAAGCCUUACAGUGACUUUUGAACCUCAUGUUACCAUGAAUGUAGUUUUAAUGUAAAAUGACUUUUUAAAAAUAGAAUUUAGCUACUGUGUUUGAAUUUAUUUCACUGAAUUACCACACAAGCUGAUGUUUGUAUGUGCACUUACUUCCCACUGCAGUACAUUUUUGUUGAAGUGAAGCUUAGCAACACUUGCAUCACGGGGGCAUGAAUUUCCAAAGCUCUAACAUAUACUGUUGGCAGUAGGACAUGAGUGUAUUUGAGAUAUUCAAAUGUACACAUGUACUAUACGUAGUUUUAACAUAGAAUACUUUUGAGGUUCAAGGCCCUAAACCUGCUGA